UGAGAACAUUUAAACAGGAGUCAACUUUGGGCGAACGAAGCUAGCAGCCUCGCCGCCUACUUCCAGCACCGUGGCCGGCCACUACAACAGCGUUUGGGCUUUUUUUGGACUUUUAGCCUCGUACUAUGGAGCUAGUCCGGGUAUUUGUGUGCGUCCUGUCCGUGUUUGUUUCGCUCUUGUCGGACAGGUUAGUGGUGCUGGCUGCCUUCUCCCAGUCUCUGGACAGCGACUUCACUUUUACUCUACCCCCCGGUCGAAAGGAGUGUUUCUACCAGACCAUGAAGAAAGAGGCCUCCCUGGAGAUUGAAUAUCAGGUAUUAGAUGGUGCAGGUCUCGAUGUAGAUUUCUACAUCUCCUCUCCUUCUGGCCAACUGCUGUUCAGCGACUACCGCAAGUCAGACGGUGUUCACACCAUAGAAACCGAGGAUGGAGACUACAUGUUCUGCUUUGACAACACAUUCAGCUCUGUUUCGGAAAAGCUCAUCUUCUUUGAGUUGAUCCUGGACAACAUGGACACAGAAGACCCAGACGACUGGAAGGAGUACGUGCACGGCUCAGAUAUGCUGGAUAUGAAGAUGGAAGACAUUAUGGACACCAUCAACAAUGUGAAGGCUCGGCUGGGGAAAAGUGUGCAGAUCCAGACGGUGCUGCGAGCGUUUGAGGCUCGCGACCGUAACCUCCAGGAGAGCAACUUCGACAGGGUGAACUUUUGGUCGGUGAUCAAUCUCAUUGUGAUGGUGCUGGUGUCGGCGGUUCAGGUCUACCUUGUCCGCUCGCUGUUCGAAGAUAAAAGGAAAAUGCGCACAUAACACCGUCUGAAAUGGAGGCAAAAACAGAAAAAAACUAACACACUUGUCCAAAAAAAAAAAAAACCUUUGGGAUUUUUUUCAGCUGAUCUCCUGACUUGUGACUCUUGUAACACAAGAUUUUAAUGUACACACUUAUGCACAUGCACAGACACCAACCACAGACAUUGAUUAACAAUUCAUUCACCACACUCUGCUUGCCAGUCCACUGGAGUUUGAGGGACAGCAGGAAUCCAAGAACGUAUAACUGUCAGCCCCUCUACAGGCAACCUCUGUCUCUUUGCUACAGGAAAAAGGUCUCCAAGUCUCUCUUUACAACUUGUUUCUUGUUUUAUUGUCCUCCCUGGCUGCUGUAGUUCUUCACUGACGUUACAAGCACAUUUAUGAUGGGACUAUUUUUCUAAUAGUUUAACGUUACCAGGCUAGUGGCCAAUUGCAAAGAUGUCCAUUUUUCUUUGGAUGUGUUUUUUCUGAGUGUUAAAGUAAACUAGAUAAAGAAAUUAAGAAUUUAUUUCUGCUAAAAAGGAGUGUGAGGUGCAACCAGUCUGUCAGCGUGGCUUCCCCAUAUGUUAAGUACUUUUAAAAGCAUACCUUUGUAUGGAACUAAGUCGCCUUAGUGAUUUGGAUUUAGCUGCUAGCUUUUUGCCAAUCUGCGAGGCCUUUGAAUAAUUCUCCCAUUGCCUCAAAAACUUAUGUUGUUGCCAUUAUGUCUCACUUUCCCUUCCAUGCAAAUACUGAAAAGUCAGGUGUUUAGUCAGAGCCAUGCUGCUAUUGCUGCUCUCUGGCACCAAUUGGACCGUGAGGUAGAAUAAAAGGAAACGGGCCGUCUCCAAGUCUCUUAAUGACUGCUGCCCUUCUCUCCUCUGCCAUGAUUUGUAGACUUGUGGCCUAAAUGGCUGCCAGCUCCACUACCCUCCACUGUGAAGCCUAACGGCUGCUGGUGGGUGUCUGCUUACAGCCGCUUACUGUGUGAAGAUGUUGAGCCUGCCCGUCUCUCUGGUGACAGAAGUCUAUUUCUAUCUUACUGACAUCUGGAAGGUCAUUACUACUAUGACAUUGCACUGCUCAGUUUAAUAUGCACAAGCCAUCCACUGCCUUGGCUACGUCAGUAUUCUUUUAAAAGCUAGUAUCCGUGUAUUAGCAUUUUUUAGCCAACAUAGCAAACUGACAUCUGAUCAUUGCACUGCCUCUGAUGCCACAGAACAACAUUUUUUGUUUUGUCUUUGUAUUCUUAGUACAUAAUUUAACAUUUUGGGCUCCAUUGUUUUAGUGGGGUCCAGCAGAAAUGGGUCCACAACUUGUCCUGAUAUGUGGGAGAAGGAGCACUGAUCAAGAGAUUUUUAAAAACUCAAGGAGAAGGGGGCUGAAGAGCUCACCAAACUCUGUGAUGAACUCAUAUCCAAAGUCCAGAAGGGCUAAGCUCAUUUGUCAAUACUGUAGGUUUUAAUGACCUCUGCCCUUCUUUACUGUUGACGUCCAGAUCAUUUUCUUGUGUAGUAUUUGUCUUUAUCAAUGUCAUUGGUCAUGAACAUGGCUCCAGGAACAAACUCGUCAUUAAAGUCUCACAUGCCACUCUGUGACUUCUGGUCGGGUUGAGAUGGUUCAGAGAGCUCAGGAAGCUUCUGCACUUCUGGUUCAGUUUGAAGUUCCUUGUCAUGGUCGGAGCCAACCUUGUCACCAGAAAUCUGUCGUUUCAAAGCACAGUGUGUUCGUGAAAAACACACACUCUGUUGAGACUUGUAUCAAACUGCAUUAAUGCUCUUAACGCUUCAGGGCUGGGUUCGGCAGUUGGCAAACUCUCGUCAGCUUUUCCUUAAGGUGCCAACAUGGCUUUUGGUUAUGGUUUCAGUGAGGUUUUUUUUGUUUUUUAAAUUUGGUGUUUUCUCAGCUCCUUUCUUGAGACUUGGCCACUUACAACCCUGGCAGGGAGCUCCAUCUUCCAAAUUUUGCCCUCUGCUGUAAGAUAAUGAUAAUCCAGUGAGUUCACGCCUUCGCAGUUUAUACCGCCUUAUGUUGGAAGUGUGUUAAAUCAAACUCUGAGCAGUGUGAUUGUUUUAAAUGUGUUGCCAUACAGUAUGUGCAUAUGUUGCCAUUUGUUCUGUGGAUGCCUGCAAUAAUAUAGGAUGUCUGGUUGUGAGAAAUGAUCACCUUCUGCCUCAGUUUCAGUGCUUAUUCCUUCCUUGUUCCUCUGUACAACUCAUGUUACUGUGUUUCUAGUCUUGAAAUAUAUGUUGAGAUUGUGUCUCAUGGAAAGUCUUAUGGAUUAGUAAUAAAUUCAUUUUCUGAUUUAUUUGAAAGCGCUUUUGAAAUUCUGCAAAAAUUAAAGACAUUUCUUAAAGUAUUUCUACGUUACUUAAAAGGAGACCACAAGAACAGCUACACUGGCUUUGAAAAAAAAACUUUUUACAACCAUAAAUGAUGAGUGGAAAAAGAAGGAAUGUGAUAUAUUUAUUCAGCUAAUGUCCUGUAAAUGUAUAUGUGUAUAAAUUAAACAAUCAUAUGUUUUUCUGA